AUGGCCUUCAGAGCAGCAUUAAUUUCCAUCCUGGUUCUCGCCUCUGCGGUACUCUUGUCUAGCAGCUAUCGCAAGGAAGAUUUUAAGGAGACGCAAACACUUGAGGAUGAACUGCUGGAAGCUGCUCUUUCGGACACCGAGGCGCCUACGGAGAUAAACGAGGAGGAUGAAAUGGCUUUACAGCCUGUCAACAUAGGAAGAUGGUUCAGGAAUCUAGGUGACAGGAUACGUGAAGGCUUCCGUCGCAUUGAACCAGGUCUCAGACGAUUCGGGAAAGGAGUUGAACGAGUUUGGAAUCACGUAAAACCCUAUGCCGUACCCUGGAUUUUGAAGAAAGUGUUUAGUUAA